GGUUAUUUAAUUCUCUGGUUGCUCACUUGUUGAUCUGUUAGUCUGCUAUUUUGCAGGAGUGUUCCACCAUGGCUGAGAGACAGGAGGGCGCACAGCCACCCACGGAGGCGCAAUCCAAGAGGGUCAUUAAGGGUCCUUCACAGGCCCUUCGCUCUCCUCCUGCGGUGUCGUCGGCGGGUCGCGUGCAGGCCUUUUUAGCCAGCAUUGCGGGUGAUGCUCAGGCCUUGGCCAGUUUUGGCUCUGGCUUGGACGCACUCAUGCGACAGACCACUAUGGCUUCAGCUUCAAUGUCAGGCGCACCAUCGGCUUCCACCUCAGCUGCAGCUUCCGCUACCUUUACGACGGUGGCACAGGUCCACGCCCCGGCCCAGUCAGAGGUGCCGCCUAGGGAGACGGCUGCCUCCCCCUCAGUAAUUCCAGAAUCCCCUCCCGAAUUGUCCUCUUCGGAUGAGGACAAUGUUGUACACCCUUCAGGGGUGAUAACAACAUCCACUCAGGUUGGUCCUGCGGUACUUCUUCCGUCCCCCCCAUCAGUCGCUAGCAAGAAGAAGGUGCCGCAGGCCCGCGGGCCUGCCAAAAGGCAGGCCAAAAAGAAGGGUGUCUCGGGGUCAGGGGGGGCCGUGCAAGCUGCGGCGUUGCCCGCUCCCGUUUCCUCUCUUGUUGUCUCUCCUCAGGUGGCGCUUCCGCUAGAGGGGCAGGACCUAUCCUCCACGUCUUCGGCCGAGGACGCGUUGCCUGUGCCGGAUAAGACCUCGCUCGGCGGGAAGCGUCGUCAUAAGAAGAGGUCUAAGAAGCGAGCUAAGCGUCGCAAGGACGACACUUCGGCGACCUCUUCGACAGAAUGGUUGAAUCGCUAUCCCAAUGCCGGAGCGGCGGCUUACCUGAGGGACGGUUUCUCUUUUGGAUUUCAGAUUCCAGUGGCAUCGCGUCCCGUUGCGCGGAAUCCUUUGAACCAGAAGUCGGUGAGGGAGAUGUCAGGGGUGGCAAGGAGGAAGAUCGAUAAGGAAAUUGCCCUUAAUCGCAUAGCCGGUCCCUUUGAGGCCCCUCCUUUCCCCAACCUGCAUCUCUCUCCCCUAGGCAUCGUUCCCAAAAAAGCUCCGGGGGAAUUUCGCUUGAUUCAUAAUUUAUCGCACCCUAAAGGGUCCUCAGUUAACGAUAUGAUUCCCCCUGAGCUUUGUUCGGUAAAGUACGCUUCUCUGGACCAGGCGGUCGAAAUAGUGCGAAAAUUUGGCCCCGGGGCAUUGCUUGCAAAAUGUGACAUCGAAUCAGCUUUUCGCCUCCUUCCCAUCCACCCUAGUGAUUUUUGGCUUUUGGGCUUUCAGUUUGAAGGCGCAUUUUAUUUUGAUAAGGCUAUGCCAAUGGGCUGCUCAGUAGCCUGCGCUGCCUUCGAAAGUUUCAGCACAUUCUUGGAGUGGGCCCUCCGUUUUAGGACCGGUUUGGAGGGGGUCACGCAUUAUCUCGAUGAUUUUUUAUUAUCGGGCGCCUCUAACACGGGCGAUUGCGUGGCCCUGUUGCAGGCUUUUGCUGCCCUCACGAAAGAAUUGGGUGUCCCCCUGGCCGGUGAAAAAACGGAGGGUCCCACUACUAGGCUAACCUAUUUGGGUAUCCUAUUGGAUACCGUGGCCCAGACUUCAUCACUGCCUCCGGAGAAGAUUGUUAAAUUGAAGGGCGUCAUCGAGGAGGUUUUAUCAGUUAAAAAAGUCACUUUGCGACAAUUACAGUCUUUGCUUGGCCAUCUUAACUUCGCGUGCAGAGUUGUGGCGCCUGGGCGCCCUUUCUGCGCGCGUUUGAACAAACGCACAGUGGGUCUUCGCUCCCCGCAUCAGCAUGUGCGUUUGCACCAGGGCGAGAAGGCCGAUCUUAGGAUGUGGCUUGAGUUUUUGAAUGAUUUUAACGGGGUGUCCUUGUGGCAGGAUGUCUUGACCCUGCACAACGACUUUCAAGUCAAUUCUGAUGCGGCUGGGUCCUUAGGUUUCGGUUUAUUUUGGAAUGGCAGGUGGUGCGCUCAGCGCUGGCCUCCUGCGUGGCAGGGGACGGCCAUCACGCGGGACUUAACUUUCCUUGAGUUUUUUCCGAUAGUUGUGGCUGUUCACCUGUGGGUCGAGGACUUCAGAGACCAUCGCAUUUGCUUUUGGUCAGAUAAUCAUGCUGUUGUUGACGUCCUUGCAAAACAAUCAUCAAGGUCCCCUCGGGUAUCUGCCCUUCUCAGGGCUGUCGUUUUACAAUGUUUACGUUUCAAUAUAGCUUUUACAGCGCGUUUUAUUCCGGGACUGUCUAAUGAUAUUGCUGAUGCUUUGUCCCGUUUCCAGAUGGAGCGAUUUUGGUCCCUGGUUCCGGACGCCCAGACGCAGCCGGAAUAUUUCCCGGAAAGGCUGUGGAACCUUGGGAGCUCCUAGUUUUGCAGGGAGUAGCCGCGUCUGUAUCUCCCUCCACAAUGCGUGCCUACCAGAAAGCCUGGACUGAUUUUUUGUCCUUCAGACAGCAGUCCAUGGCAGUUAGCGGGUCGGUCCGUCCCACCACCGCUCAGGUGUUGCAGUAUCUGGCUCACCUGUUUCAAUUGGGGAGGGCGGCUCAGACUAUAAAACUCCAUUCUGCAGCCAUUUCUUUCUUUAGUAAAUCAUUUUUCGACAAAGACCCAUGCGCUAAAUUUGUAGUUCGCAAGGCUUUGGAGGGUUGGGGCAGACUUUGCCCCCCCCCGUGGCGCUAAGAGAAACCCUAUUACUUUUGAGCUUUUGACUAGCAUGCGCUCGCAGUUGCGGGUCGUAUGCUGGUCAAAAUAUGAGGCGCGCCUUUUUUCCGCUGCCUUUGCCGUGGCCUUUUUUGGGGCCCUGCGGGUUGGAGAGGUGGUUUUUGAAAAAGCACGAGCAGGGAAUUCCAAGGGUCUUCUUUUACAAGACGUGCGUCUUUCGCCAUCCGAAUUGCACUUGACAAUUAGGAGUUCCAAAACUGACCAACAGGGUCGGGGUGCUGUGAUGCGCCUCUUGGCCACCGGCAAGAAGGGCCCCUGUCCCGUGAAAGAUAUGGCCAAAUAUUUAGCAGGCAGGCCCCCGGGGGAUGGCCCCUUGUUGAAGCAUCUCGACGGUUCGCCUCUGACUAGGCAGCAGUUCGCUAGGGUGAUGAGGAGAGUAAUAGCGGCUUGCGGUUGUACGGCCGUUGAUUACGCCCCUCAUUCAUUCAGGAUUGGGGCGGCCACCACUGCCGCACACUGGGGGCUGUCUGUUGAUCAGAUAAAGGACUUGGGUCGAUGGAAGUCUGCGGCUUACAAGUCAUAUGUG